CCCGGACCAAACCGGAAAAGAAAGUUUUGGCGGGUGGUUUGUUUACUCCGCGGAACCAGUAAGAACAUUUGAAAACGGAGAUUUUCUUUAGUAGAAACGUUUCACUGACAUCCUCUUUACCAGAAAACCGACCCCGGUUUCCGGUAGAGGCUGAGAGUCCGGUCUGGUAGAACGUUUACCGACAGAAUGGCGUCCAAUGGCGGAUUUAAAACUCCAAAAACCGUCCGGACCAGGAGUUCGGGGGGAACCCCCGUCACCAUCCCGGCAUCGCCCUUCAUGAAGAAGUUGGGCUGCGGUACCGGAGUCAGCGUCUACCUGAUGAACAGAGAGGAGCAGAUGAACGCGUCUCCGUGGGCAGUGAAGAAGAUCAACAGCAAAUGUGAAUCCAAACAGGCUGCCGUUUACCAGAACCGUCUGAAGGAAGAGGCCCGCCUCCUGCGAGGAAUCGACCAUCCCAACAUCAUCGGUUUUCGCGCCGUGGCCACCGCCAAAGACGGCUCCGAGUGUUUGGUGAUGGAGUACGGCGGGGAGCGGUCACUCAACGACCUCAUCGAGCAGAGGAGGGAGCAGGGUCUCAAGGCCUUCCCCGCCGCCAACAUCGAGAAGGUGGCCCUGCAUGUGGCGCGCGGCCUGCAGUACCUCCACAACGAGAAGAAGCUGCUGCACGGCGACAUGAAGUCCUGCAACGUGGUCAUUAAAGGAGACUUUGAGAGCGUGAAGAUCUGCGAUGUGGGCGUGUCUCUGCAAUUAGACGAGAACAUGACAGUCUCUGACCCAGAAGCAGAAUACAUCGGUACCGAGCCCUGGAAGCCCAAGGAGGCUCUGGAGGGGGGCGUGAUCACGGACCGGGCGGACAUCUUUGCCUACGGCCUGACGCUGUGGGAGAUGAUAACUCUGUCCAUGCCUCACCUGGAGAUGCUGGAGGAGGAAGAGGAUGGUGAGGAUGAAGACUCCACGGAGAGGAGCUUCGACGAAGACGCCUACUACGAGUGUCUGGGGACGCGGCCGCCGUUGGAGGCGGAGUCUCUGGGAAGCUGCUACCAGAGGGUGGUGGAGCUCUUCUACGUCUGCACAGAAGAAGACUCCAGGAAGAGACCGUCUGCAUCCCAGAUCGUCCAGGCUUUGGACGGCCGGCACUGAGCAUGCUCAGUCAGUGAUGGACAGCGAUGGUAGAAUCAGAAAGGUUUAUUAAAGUUCUGUACAACAA